AUGUCGACAUACUUUUACACUCAGCAGCAGCAGCAGCAUCAUGGGGCCGCCGCACCUAUGCCAGCCUCAAGUAACCACCACGGCGGCCGCUCUCGACGAGGUCCUAAAAUGGCUGCACAAAAUACUCAACGCCAGUUCCGCGGUGUGAAGAGUAUGAGGGAGCUCGCUGAGGCCCCUGCCGUCACCGCUUUCCGCGCCAGAUUUGAAGCUGGACGGUCCUUUGACCUGGACGAUGACUUGGAGUUCUGCCCUGGCCUCCUCACGGAAGACGAUAUUGAGGCCGAUGAGGAUGCUUCCUCGGAUCGCUCCUCUCUCUCCAGCGGCUCUCCGGACUCGUCUCCUCUUCAGCAUCAAAUCCAGCCUGUGCAGCAGGUCACUCCGUCUAUCUCCCUUUCUCCAGCUUCCAGCAAAUCGUAUGUUCAUUCAGGGGUUACGGGUAAUCUUAGUCACGUGAACUUCCAACAGCCAUCAGCGGUUCGCACCCGCAAGGUCAUCCCUAUCAUCAAUCCUAACACCGGGAUGACCUUGACAAGCCCGCCCACGUCAAUUUCGCCGGGCUCGAUGCAGAAUGCUCAGCGUCGGUGGUGA